AUGGCCAAGGAGAUUGAUGAGUUUCUAAUGGAGAAAUUUCGCGGUGGCCUUGAUGAGAUCAUGAGCAGUAAAUCCAAAAAUGCCGGCUUCAGCCCCAACUUUUUGUUUGAUAAAUCCCUCCACAGCAACUUUCAGGAAAUAAAGGAUUUGCCUGCAGAACUCUUUCGCACAUCCCCGCCUGCGGAGCACAUUAAAAUCAGGGAAAAGCUUUACUGCCUCAACGAUGUUUUGAUGGAGUACCAGAUGAUGUCAAAGACUGACCUAAGAACCCGUAAUAACAUAUGGAAGAAGUUAACCAGUAUCAAGGCGGAACUAAACGGCUUGAAGAAGGAAUCUAAUAGAGGUUCGAAGACGCCAACAGCUAGCAAACAGCCUGGUUAUGACGUCGAAGCGGGCUCAUCAAGAGAGAACGACGUUCCCCUGCAGAGUGCUCUGCCAUUUGAUGAGUCCAAGGUUUAUGGGUUUAAGGACGAUGUAACCUCACUGGAAAAGGUACUUGUCAGGCAAGGAAGCGAGGAUCGUUUCAAGAAUGUAGGCAUCAUCGGUAAGGCUGGCAUAGGAAAAACCGCACUUUGCCGAUCAUUGUUCAAUAAAAAGGAGGUGAAGGACUACUUCCAUCCAAGGAUCUGGGUGUGCAUGUCCAGAAAGCCUGGCGAUGAUCCGGACGGAAAAGUAACAAUCCUCAAGAGAAUGUUGGUGAGCCUUGGAGUAGAAGACGGGGAUCAACAUGAUCUCAAAGGGCUACUAUAUGCUCUUCACCUGCAAUUACAGGGGAAGAGGUAUCUGAUUGUGUUGGAUGAUGCCUGCCCCUGGGAUUGGGUCCUUUGGGAGAUAGAGGAAUGGUACAAACAGCUGAAUUCUUCGUCAACUUGUGAGGGAAAGUGGGAUUGUCUUGCGUAUGGACUGCCAAAAGGGUUUCGGGGAGCAGUUAUUGUCACAAGCAGGAAUGAGGAAUUAGCAAAGGCGAUGGUUGGCCGGGAGGGAUUCGUUCAUAGCGUUCUGCCCCUUUCAGACCCAGAGAGGUCCUGGGAAAUAUUCUUUAAUGGGGCAACUGAACCGGACAGGAAACGCCUCGACUCCGAUUCCUCAAUUAAUAUGGAAAUUCUAAAGGAACAAAUCCUACGUAAGUGUGCGGGCCUUCCAUUAACUGCACAAAUGAUGGGAACUGCGUAUCGCCCAGCUAAUUAG